AUGCCUAGGUCCGACGAUAAGCUGCGCGACCUCGAAUGGGGCGAUCUCAACAUCUUGCAUAGCACCGACAUACAUGGCUGGUUUCAAGGGCAUCGAAAGCUGUCGCCACCAGAGCCAUCCUACUCGGGCGAUUGGGGCGACUGGGCAUCGUUUGCCUCCAAGAUGAGGACCAAAGCUCGGUCAGAAGGCCGAGAUCUCUUGCUCAUCGACACCGGGGACCUGCACGACGGCAACGGGAUCGCCGAUGGCUUCCCACCAUACAACAAAGACGAGCCGGGAGGAAAAGAAGCCGUCGAUGGUCAUGUCAGCAAUCAGAUCUUUGCCAUGGUCGAUUACGAUCUCCUCACCAUCGGCAAUCACGAGCUCUACAAUUACACGGUCGCGAAAGACGUCUAUCAGAACUUUGUGCCGCAAUGGGGCGGCAGAUACAUGACAAGUAAUGUCAAGAUUGCGCUGCCUGGUCCUGAUGCGCCGGAUGCCAGCUAUGCCCCCAUCGGCUCGCUCUUCAACACGCUAGUCACGCCGGUGCAAGGCCUCAAGAUCAUGUCGUACGGCAUCCUCUUCGACUUCAAGCUUGCAGCAAAAGGCAUUUCUGUGCAAUCACCUCAGGAUAUGGUAGAAGAAGACUGGUUCAAUCACAGCCUGGAUCGAGCCGACAAGUGGGGUGUAGACGCCUUCGUUAUCUUGGGUCACAUGCCGGUCUCGGGCGAUCCGGGCUGGGAGGCAGUGCGAAGCAAGAUCCGGGCACGCUUCCCCGACACGCCUAUAGCCAUCCUUGGCGGCCACACUCACGUCCGCGACUGUAGAAUGAUGGACGGUCAGACCAUGGCUCUCGAGAGUGGUCGUUACAUGGAGACGAUCGGCUUUAUGGGUCUCAAGGACCUGCAGAAGCGCAAGCGCGCCGGCAACCGCGGCAAAGUCAAGUUUACUCGGCGCUACAUCGACUCAAACCCAAGAAACUUUGCUCAUCACUUGAAGCUGACGAGCACACGCGAGCUGGCCACCAAGAAGGGCAGCUUCAUCCGAUUCAUCAUGGACGCCAUCUCGGAAGCAUGGAAUCUCUCGCGGCUGCACGGUGUUGUGCCGCAAGAUUACUAUCUCGACCGCGUACCGUAUGGCGACAACUCGAGCCUGCUCAGCCUUCUGGCUGAUCAAGUGUUGCCAAAGGUAGUGCGACCGUCCGAAAAGUCUCGGAAGGACAAGAAAAGUCUGGUGCUCAUCAACAGCGGCUCGCAACGCUUCGACGUCUACUCGGGGCCCUUCAACCGCAACGACCAAUACAUCGUCUCGCCAUUCAAGGACAACUUCCUCUACAUGGCUGAUGUACCAUGGGGGUUAGCCAAGCAACUUCUCAACGGACUGAUCACCUUCAAGAAGGGGGCCAUGGUCGAGCUUCUACAGGGCACAACCCAGUACUCGGGCGGCGAUGCGCUGUUGCGGUACGGGAGCGGUUUCAUGGACGACAUCUUUGUGCGAUGGCAAAAGUCGCAGUGGUUCAAAUUCUUGCAGGCGGAGCAGGCAGAUCGACAAAGGGCUGCGGCUGCGGCAGACGGUGCAAGCAAUGCCACCAACGCAACGAUCAAGAGCAUAGAAGAGCUAGAGGCGGAAGAGGACGAGGAGCUGCUCAAGUUCUUCCACAAGUACGACUCGCUCGACAAGCCCUCGCUAGGCUAUCGCACCAUCGACCAGUGUGCUGGCCCUGGAGACGACACGGUGCAUUCUCCGGUGCCAUUCAACCCCAAUCAGCCGGAAUAUGUCGCAUCAAAUCCGGAUCCGCUGCCAGAAUCGGACGACGAGGUGGUGGAUGUGGUGUUUGUCGAUUUCAUGCGCAAGCUCAUGGUGGAGCUGCUCAACCGAUACGAUCUGGAGCGGAAUGGCACUGGUAGCUACAGCGUCGACCAACUGCAGCGCUGGGGCGAUAUUACGACUCAGCUGCUAUAUCCUCGAUUUGCCGAGCUCGAGUGGCAGCCGGCGGAAGGCGCAGUCAAGGCGGUCAAUGCACAAGCUAGAAGAGCGGGCAAGAUGGGCUACUCCCCGCUCGAUGACGAACCUGAUUACGACAGGGAGGAACAGCAGCAGGUCGAGUCGACCCAAAAGACGACCGAUUCCUCUGCCACAACGCCAGACAUUUCCUCGUCGGGCACAUCAUCCACAUCUGCGUCCUCACAAGACGACGCUCAGACAAAGACCCAAUCAACCAAAUAG